AUGCCGAGAAUGUUGGUCAAAAGAAACCUGACGCACAUCUUCCUACUGGCCUUGGCGUUCACAGAUGCAGUCAUCCUUGUUACAAUCUACACAGCCAGCGGCUCAAAAACUAGUCAAAAAGAGCUCGAGAAAGACUCAAAAGACUCGAAAGACACGGAUAAUGCGAUAGUGCGUCAGUCGUUUUCUUUACAUACAGUUGAAACCCUCAUGCGAUACUGCUGGGAUCGACAGAGAUUUGAACAACAGCCCUCAAACUCAACACUGAGAAACGCUACGAAUACUAACAGUUUCUUCUCGAGUUGCGUUUUGGAUUCCCUGUCCUACUUAGAACUAUCGGAAAUGGACGAUGAUGAAAUUCGGCUUCUGUAUCCAACUUACGCAGAAGAGGAAUACAUUCACAACACAAACCAAAGCAGCGCUCAAUCGAAAGCUAGUCUUACGUCAUCAAAUCUCUCUGACUUUCUCUCACAGCCAAUAAUCAACCCUCACGAUAACGGAUACACGUUGAACCUCGUGACGUUUUGCGCAGAUUCUGACCCGGAUGUUCUCGUGAUAAUUCCCUCAGCUCCCGGGAAUUUCCAGCGUCGUCAAAAGACGAGACAGAGACUUGGGUCUACUAAUAAUGUGAGUCGCGACUCUGUCCAGGCGGAGACGGUUAGAGUCAAAAGCUUGUUUUUCCUCGGCAUACCGAACGGAGAUAAUGCCACGAAUGUACAGAAUAUGAUUCUGGAGGAAUUCUCCUUAUACCAAGACAUCGUCCAAGAAAAUUUCUCGGACGUCUACUCAAAUAUUCGAAUCAAGGCUGUUGGAAUGCUCAAAUGGGUGUCGGAAUUCUGCCCGCAAGCCAAAAUGGUCAUCAGAAGUGAUGAUGACGUCACGAUCAACAACAUGACCGCGCUUCUGAACUCCGCACUAAACGCUUACACCAAGCAGGACAACUUUAUCAUCGGCGCCAAACUCUGGAGAUGGCUUCCCAAUCGGCACAAAUGCUCCAAGUAUUACGUAUCCGAAAAGGAGUACCCAGAUUUCACCUACCCUCCAGGAUUUAGAGGAGGGCUGUUGGCGUACCCCAUAAAAACCGCCAAACUUCUGUUCGAGGCUUCCCUUCGCGUGAAAUCUCUGUGGCUGGACGACGUGUACAUAACGGGUCUCUGCUCGUCUCACAUCAACGCCACGCUUCUCGUGGAUGAGAACUUCGCGUUCCGCCACAGACCGGAACAGUCAGAGAGGGUUAUGUACAACAAAUGUUUGAAGAAAGAGAAACAGAAAGCUCUGAGGACUUGGCCCCAGAAACCGCUGUCUUCCCGAGUUUCUGGCUUGUGUCGCCCGGCUUGGAGGAAGUGUGGACUCAGAUGAACUGUCUGGAC